UCCCUUAGUUUUCUUCCUGGAUUAUAGUUGAGUUGUGACUUCUUGCUUGUGCUCUGGAUUUACAGGUUACACUCUCUCCUCUCAGAACGAUGUGCUCCUUGGGUUUCGCUAAAUCUUUAGGUUUUGCCCUAAUCCCACUGGCUAUCUGCUGCAUUGUGGCCAAUGUGCUGCUGUUUUUUCCCAAUUUAAUGCUGGAUUUUGUCAGGGAAGGCCAUUUGAGUAUGUACGUGUGGUCCUUCAUGGGAAUAGGAGGAGGCGGAAUCGUAAUAUUCAUAACUGCUUUCACUUUUCUGAGCAUGGGGAAGUGCGCUGACUCCUGUGGAACAGAGAGCUGUGCUAUGUGUGGUUCUGUGCUAGCGUCUCUCAUUGGAUUGGCCGGUUCUGGUUACUGCUUCAUCGUCUCAGCCUUGGCCAUGGUAGAGGGUCCACUUUGCUUGAAAGAGACAUGGAUUACUCCAUUCCAAAAUGACGGGGGAAAGUAUCUGUUUGACCAUAAAUCCUGGUCUCAGUGCAAUCAGCCUGCACACAUUGUCGAGUGGAAUGUGACGUUGCUGUCCAUCCUGUUAGGCCUCAGCUUGAUUGAGUUCCUCAUUUGCUUGGUGCAGUUUAUCAGCGGAUUGGUCAGCGCUGUCUGCAGGCCUUGCUGCUAUAAGCAGCAGUACAGCCUGAGUGCUUGAAGACACAAUGGACAGCCAUCCUGUAUAUCCCCAACACAAACACUGACAUUUUCAUGAUAGGCUGCUAUUAAAAAAAACAAAGUAGAAACGUUCUGAAAACACCUGACACCCUAAACCAGUAUAUAUCUGGAAACUGGGUCAGUGUAGCAUGACGAACCGGUUCUAGCAUGACCAGGAGCAGCACUAAAAAGCCUUAUACUGUUCUAACACAAUCAGUGCCAAUAUAGAACCAUAUAAACCAUAAAAAAAAGAGGACUGUAAGUAACAGUUUUUUCACUGAAAAUAUAAUCAA